AUGGGAAUACCUGAUAGUUCACUACUAGAUUUGAUCGAGAAGGUUAGGUCUUGGAUUUUCCUGAGAGCAAUUGAUCCUCAUCCUAGUUCCUUGCCUGGUGAAUUUCCAAUGGCUGGUGAUGGUUGCAAGUUUUGUUACGAGUGUGAGAUAGACUUCACCGAGUCUUCUCCUCAGUACCAUUGCCGAAACUGUGCCAGGUGGUUGUGUGAAAAAUGUGUGCAGGAUUAUGGCCCUUCUGAAGAUGUAUUUGGUGAUUCAGAAUGUAUGAAAGGGUCCCUGGUUAAUUUCAGCUCUUGUAAGUUUUGCUCCAAUCUUAGCACACAGCCUAAAGCUAAAAGGAAAUACAGCGAUAAGAUUUACCCAGCUGAAUCUCCCAGACAAAGUCCAGAACCACCAUCUCCAAGUUGUAGUAGUGAAAGAAUUACUGGCUAUUCUCCACAAGCUGUAUCCCGAAGUAGUGUUACAUUGUUUUCAGGUCAUCUCUCUCCAGUUUCAGUUCGUCGCUCUUUUAGCAGAAGCGAUGAAGAUGACGGAGAGGAUUCCAUCAGUAACUUUUUCAGUCCAUCAAGUGAAUACUUUCAUGACACUUCAGAUACAGAAACAUGUAGUUUUAGCACUAGACAUGAAUUUUACAGUUUUAAGUCAGUAGGAUCAAGUCCUUCUGACAGCCCCUCUGGGAUGCAUAUUAUUUCCGACAGAGUUGGGCAUCCUGUACAGAAAGAGCCGGCAACCCCCACAUAUCGCACUGAUGGUCCCUUUGACCCAGAAAAUGUAACUGUUCCAAAAGGGCCUCAAAAAGUGAAUGAGGAUCCAGAGAUUGCUGAUGACUCUGGUGAAAACUUAUUGAUGUUCCAAGAACAAUACAGGCAAUUGCCGAAGCCUUUGGAUUUUGAAAACAAUGAUCUCAUUUGGUUUCCACCUCGUCCUGAACAUGAAAGUGAGGACACAGAGAAUGAUUUUUUUUCAUAUGAUGAUGAGGAUGAUGAAAUUGGGGGUUCAAAUACCGCAUUUUUUUCUAAUGGCAACAUGGACCCCAAGGAGCCACUAAGAGCGGUGGUGCUAGGGCAUUUUAGGGCUCUUGUGUCGCAACUGCUGCAAAGUGAAGGAAUAAAGGUGGGGAAGGAAAAUGGUCCUGAGGACUGGUUGGACAUAAUUACUGCCAUUUCCUGGCAAGCAGCUAAUUUUGUAAAGCCUGAUACCAGCCGAGGAGGGAGCAUGGACCCUGCUGACUAUGUCAAGGUUAAAUGUGUUGCCUCAGGAAGCCCUAGUGACAGCACAUUUAUCAAAGGAGUGGUUUGUACCAAAAAUAUAAAACACAAGCGCAUGAAUACACAAUACAAAAACCCAAGAUUACUUCUGUUGGGAGGAGCACUUGAAUUUCAAGGUGUUUCGAAUCAGCUUGAAUCUUUAAAUGUUCUAAGGCAGCAGGAAAUGGAUCAUCUAAAGAUGAUUGUUUCAAAAAUAGAAGCCCUCCGAACAAAUGUGCUACUUGUUGAAAAAAGUGUAUCCUCUUAUGCCCAAGAGUAUCUUCUAGCAAAGGACAUCUCGUUAGUUUUAAAUGUUAAAAGGCCACUUUUGGAGCGGAUAGCCAGGUGCACUGGUGCUCUGGUUACUCCCACAGUUGAGAAAAUAUCGACAGCACGAUUGGGGCACUGUGAACUAUUUCAUUUGGAGAAAGUCCUUGAGGAGCAUGAACCUUCCAAUCAGUUUAACAAAAAGCCUUCCAAAACUUUGAUGUUUUUUGGAGGCUGUCCGAGACGUUUAGGAUGCACGGUCCUGCUUAAGGGAUUGUGUCGAGAAGAGUUAAAAAAGCUGAAGCAUGUGGUACAUUAUGCUGUUUUUGCAGCUUAUCAUUUGUCUUUAGAAACUUCUUUCCUGGCUGAUGAGGGUGCCAGUCUGCCCAAAUUAAGAGCUAAUUCCUUCCUUCCUGUAGAAGAGAGGAUAUCCCCUGAAAAUCUCAUUUCUACCUCCACGGAUUGUGUACUUUCGAGCGAUUCUCAGGAAGUUGAUUUUGUGACAUCGGAGUCUCCUGAAUCGAAACACAAAAUGAAGCCAUUAACUUCUGAGAGUUUUAUGUCUGAUUGUGGUAGUUCUGCAGCAGAGGAAUGUGGAUUUGGGGAUGUCCCUAUUGAUGCACAGGAUGAAGCUGCCAGCGCAGGUCUCAACGAUUUGAUCUCUGUGUUUCCCGGUGAUAUCCAAAACAGUAACCAAGAGGAGUCAACAAAAACAGGACAACAAGAGAGCCAGCCAGUUGAUGGUUCUGAAAUUGCACCUCAUACCAGUGUUGGUGAAAUUGAAGAAUGCUAUUCCGCUGCUGAUUCUCAUCAAAGUUUGUUGGUGUCCUUUUCCAGCCGUUGUGUACCAAACGAAACUGUAUGUGAGCGUUCACGGCUUCUUCGGAUAAAGUUCUAUGGUGCUUCUGAUAAACCUCUUGGGAAAUAUCUUAGAGAUGAUUUGUUUGAUCAGACGUCAUGCUGUCAAUCGUGCAAAGAACCAACUGAAGCCCAUGUCAUUUGCUACACGCACCAAGAGGGUAAUCUAACGAUAAAUGUUAAGCGCUUGCCCUCUGUAAAGCUUCCUGGAGAAAGAGAUGGUAAAAUAUGGAUGUGGCAUCGGUGUCUCAAAUGUCCUCUUGUUGAUGGUAUCCCACCAGCAACUCACAGAGUAGUGAUGUCAGAUGCUGCUUGGGGGCUCUCUUUUGGAAAAUUCUUGGAACUGAGCUUUUCAAACCAUGCGACUGCCAAUCGUGUUGCAAAUUGUGGUCAUUCGCUGCAAAGGGACUGCUUACGAUACUAUGGCUAUGGUAAUAUGGUGGCAUUCUUCCGGUAUUCUCCUAUUGAUAUCCUUUCUGUCUGUUUGCCCCCUCCUGUUCUUGAGUUCAAUGCUUCAGGGCUGGAGUGGAUGAGAAAAGAAGUAACUGAGCUCCUGCAGAAAGUGGAAUCCUUGUAUGCAGAAAUCUCUGGUUGUCUUCACAAUAUUGAUGAAAAAAUUUCAGCUUUUGAUCUUGAAUAUUCUGAUGUUGGUGAGUUGCAUAACCAUGUGGUGCAGUUGAAUGAUUUGCUCAGCAAGGAAAAGAACUAUUACAAUGACAUGCUUAAAAUAUCAGACGAAGAGACAUUAAUUCUUGACGAGACUGCUUUGGACAUCCUUGAACUUAAUCGUUUAAGGCAUUCGCUCUUAGUUGGUUCACAUGUUUGGGACCGCCGGCUCUAUUCGUUGAAUUCCCUGCUCACACGGAAUGCAAGUUCCAGAGCACCUCGAAGAAGUGAGCCAUUUGUAAAAGAUAGCAGGUUUGAGAACUUACCUGAAGAAAAUAUUCGUGAACUUUCCAGGUUUCAGGAAUUGCCCAUAGAAACUUCAGAGUCUAAGACAGAGGAGCCUAGCGCGUUAUCAAAUGGCACCAAAUCUGAGAAUUCCAGAAUAGUGACUGGUGAACAUAGGAGAGAAGAUAAAAUACCAGCAAUUGGAUCAUUAGAAACUGCCCCUUCUGCCGCGACUGUUCUCUCUGAUACAAUAGAUUUUGCUUGGACUGGUUGUGGUCAGGUUGUCGAAGCAGCUCAGUUACCUGAUUUGCUGCAGGGUGAUAAAGCCGAAGAUAUCUUAUCUAAGCAGAUACAUCCAGUUGAAAAUCGUCCUCUGAAACGGCCAAUGUCACCCUCCAGAGUUUACUCUUUUGAUUCUGCAGUGAGACUUCAGGAACGAAUGAGUAAAGGGCUUCCGCCUGCUUCAUUUCAUUUGACGAUGCUUAAAUCUUUUCAUGCUUCUGGAGAUUAUAGAAAUAUGAUUAGAGAUCCCAUCUCCAGUGUGCAAAGGACUUAUUCCCAGAUGUCGCCCGGUGAGGUUCAAAGGUUUGAUCUUCUUAAGAAUGUCUCACCUUCUUUUGUCUCUGCGGCAUCUCUCUUGUCUGAUGGAGCGAGAUUGAUGGUCCGGCAGAAUAGCCAAAAUGAUAUUGUUAUUGCUGUGUAUGACAAUGAGCCAACUAGCAUAAUUACUUAUGCUCUUAGUACCAGAGAGCAUGAAGAAUGGGUAAGUGAGAAAGCCAAUGGAGUUGGAGUAAGAAUGAAUGCCCGUGACUUUAAAACAGGCAUUUCAGCAGGUUCCAAUCUGUCAAGUUGGCCCUCUUUUGGCUCUCUGGACCUCGAUUAUAUUCACUAUGGAAAUUAUGGUUCUGAAGAUGCUUCCUCUGCAAUUGGUUCCAUCUUUGCGGAGCAGAAGAUUUCCCCUCAUUUCAGAUUUUCAUUUGAGAAUGAGGGGCCUAAUGUUGGGGGAAAGGCAAGGUUCUCAGUCACUUGCUAUUUUGCAAAGCAAUUUGAGGCCCUGAGGAAGAAAUGCUGCCCAAGUCAAGUGGACUAUAUACGCUCUUUGAGCCGUUGCAAGCCAUGGAGAGCCCAAGGGGGGAAAAGCAAUGUUUACUUUGCCAAGUCUUUGGAUGACAGAUUCAUCAUAAAACAAGUCACAAAGACUGAGCUCGAAUCUUUCGAGGAAUUUGCUGAAGAAUAUUUUAAAUAUCUAACAGAUUCGCUUAACUCAGGGAGCCCUACUUGUCUCGCCAAAGUUUUGGGAAUAUAUCAGGUGACUACCAAACACUCUAAAGGAGGGAAGGAGAUAAGGAUGGAUCUGAUGGUCAUGGAGAACCUCUUCUUCAGAAGAAAAAUCUCCCGUGUCUAUGAUCUCAAGGGUUCAGAGAGGUCCCGCUACAAUUCAGACACUACUGGGGCUAACAAAGUGUUGCUGGACAUGAAUCUCUUAGAAACGCUGAGGACAAAACCUUUAUUUGUCGGAAGCAAAGCAAAAAGAAGCUUGGAAAGAGCUGUUUGGAACGACACAUCCUUCCUCGCGUCCGCUGACGUGAUGGACUAUUCUUUACUGGUUGGGAUCGAUGACGAGAAGCAAGAACUGGUUUUAGGGAUCAUCGAUUUCAUGAGGCAGUACACUUGGGACAAGCAUUUGGAGACAUGGGUGAAAGCGUCUGGGAUACUCGGUGGACCAAAGAAUGCAUCCCCAACCAUCAUUUCACCCAAACAAUACAAGAAAAGAUUCAGGAAGGCAAUGACUACCUACUUUCUCACUGUACCUGAACAAUGGUCAUCAUCCUGA